AUGGAGUUCUUCUUUCUAUCUCUCCUUCUCAUCAUUUCCUUCUUGUUUUCACUCUCCCUUCAUCUUCUUUACUUCAAUAAAAAUUCAUCAGUCUUGCCCGGGACUCUACCCCCGGGCAAGACUGGAUGGCCAUUCAUUGGAGAAACCCUCGAGUUUCUCUCAACUGGUUGGAAAGGUCAUCCUGAAAAAUUCAUCUUCGAUAGAAUGUCUAAGUACUCCUCUAGUGUCUUUAGAACACACCUUUUAUUAGAAAAUUCAGCAGUUUUUUGUGGUGCUUCCGGUAAUAAAUUCUUAUUUUCAAACGAAAAUAAACUCGUACAAGUAUGGUGGCCUGAUUCAAUCAACAAAAUUUUCCCAUCUUCGGUUGAUCAAAAUACGAAGACAACUAGUAUAAAUGAACAAGGCAUUAGGAUGAGAAGAUUACUUCCGAAUUUCUUCAAGCCUGAGGCUCUUCAACGUUACGUUGGGAUAAUGGAUUCGAUUGCUCAACGCCAUUUUGAGUCAUUUUGGGAGAAGAAGAGUCAAGUUCAAGUUUACCCUCUUGCCAAAAGCUAUACUUUUUGGUUGGCUUGUAGAUUGUUUGUGAGCAUUGAAGAUCCUGAACAUGUUGCUAAAUUUGCAAAACCCUUUGAUGUUUUGGCUGCUGGAUUGAUUUCUAUUCCCAUUAACUUGCCAGGAACGUCGUAUAACCGUUCGAUCAAAGCGUCGAAUUUGAUAAGAAAGGAGCUUUUGAUGAUCAUAAAGCAAAGGAAGGUGGAUUUGUGUGAGGGAAAAGCAUCAGCAACACAAGAUAUAUUGUCACACAUGCUAUUAACAAGUGAUGAAAAUGGGAAGUUCAUGCCUGAUUUGGACAUAGCUUGUAAAAUAUUAGGGCUGUUGGUUGGUGGACAUGACACUGCUAGCUCUGCAUGUACUUCUAUUGUGAAGUAUCUUGCUGAGCUUCCUCAUGUUUAUCAAGCUGUCUACAAUGAGCAAAUGGAAAUUUCCAAGUCAAAAGCAGCAGGAGAAUUAUUGACAUGGGAUGAUCUUCAGAAGAUGAAAUAUUCAUGGAAUGUGGUAUGUGAGGUUUUAAGACUUGCACCACCUCUCCAAGGUGCUUUCAGAGAAGCCAUUGUUGAUUUCAUCUUUAAUGGUUUCUCAAUUCCUAAAGGAUGGAAGCUAUAUUGGAACUCAAAUACAACUCACAGAAAUCCAGAAUAUUUUCCAGAACCACUAAAUUUUGAUCCAUCAAGAUUUGAAGGAUCAGGACCAGCUCCUUACACAUUUGUUCCAUUUGGAGGAGGUCCUAGGAUGUGUCCUGGAAAAGAGUAUGCAAGAUUAGAAAUACUUGUAUUCAUGCACCAUAUUGUCAAAAGGUUUAAGUGGAACAAAGUUAUUCAUGAUGAGAAGAUUAUUAUUGAUCCAAUGCCUGUUCCUGCCAAGGGUCUUCCAAUUAAACUCUACCCUCAUCAACUUUAUUAG